UAGGCUUUCCCAGAAGGCACUCAGCAGAGGUGAGUUGGCUCAGGUUACGGCAAACAUUGUCACAAUCACAAGAAAAACUCCUGACAAGAACUACAGCUCUUCAUUCUGUCCCGAACUCCUCUUAUCUGUCCCGACCCUGCUAUAACCGUGGCUGGAGAUAGAGAUAUGUGACCCCUUCCUCUUAAAGUCCACUGACAUUGGAUCUAAGCAGACAGCAGAUCGAGUUGGUUUGUUGAAAUGAAUGCAGUCCAGUCAAACUCUGUCGUUCAAGUUGGUGCUGGAAAAGUUUGCUCCAGGGCUGAGUUUUUCUCUUUACUGAACACCUACAACUGCUUUCUUAAAGACAAUACACACCUGCAGCUCACUGUUCAUGAGUAUGCAGGAAAGGUGACAUUGGAAGGCAUCCUGGUCAUUUAUUGGGGUGUAAAGAGACCCAUUCGGUUACAAAUACAAGAUGAGAAACAGAUAUUUGCAAAUGAGUCUUCAAUUAAAUCAUCAGACCCUAUCAGUCCACUUGGAAGCAAAAGGGGUAUGACACGAUGGGGAGAAUUUGACAACCUUCACAAUAUUGCUGAACUGGAGGAAGCUGGAUCACCUGAAAAUCCUACUGAAGACUACAUCGUAUACGAGACCACGACUUUAAGGCCAUCGCGGACCACGCAAAUCAAUGAAGAUAGUUCAUAUCUGAUCCGCACCAUGAGCGAUGCCUCGCUGGUGAAAAUGAGGGUGAAAAGUAAGAAGAUGAUUGAAAGUCAGAAGAACAGAAACCAUCGCUUCUCUAUCAAUGGACACUUCUACAACUAUAAGACAUCUGUUUUCACACCAUCAUUUGGAGCAACCACAAAUGUGCACAUUAACAGCAGGAUGACGACACAAGAGGUCAUUACACAACUGCUACACAAAUUUAAAGUAGAAAACAGUCCAAAUGAAUUUUCCCUCUACUGCAUUCAUCAAACUGGAGAGAAGCGAAGGUUGAGCAGUUCAGACCUGCCCUUGUGGGAGCGUGUUCUCCAAGGACCAUCAAACAUCAUUAUGAGGAUGUUCCUUAUGGAUGCAGACGAAGAGGAAAUUAGUCUUGAUGUAGCUCAGUACCUCAAUUUAGAAAUGCCCAUUUUGAAGGUUAUCCUGCAGAAACUAGAAGAGCAAGAGAAUCUAGAGAUACAAAGGAUAAUAGCAAAAUACCAGAAGGAACGGGGUCUCUUGUUGCAGUGCUUGAGGAAAAAGAUGACGGUUAAAACUGAGACGACUGUAUAAAGAAGUUUUGGCAGUGGGAAAUAAUUUUCCAUGUGAGGUCAACCACAAACGAGAAACAGGGUAAAAAAGAAUACUGUCUUCAAAACUUGAAAUGAGGAUUGUGAAAUGUUUAAAAGUGCAUGCAGGACAUAGAUUUACACAAUUAUGUUUGUGGUGUGAGUGUAAAUAAUGUAAAAUAGAUUUCGCAUAAUGGAACUGUAAUUACACUAUUUAUCAUGUGAGAGACCAAAUAAAAUGCUGGUAUUUGA